GCCAGAUGUGUGUUUGAUAGAUCUAUUGAUUUCGCGCUAUAGUCUUCAUCCUCCCUCCUUCCCUCAUCAGAAAAUUAGGGUUUUCCAAAUUUCAAUUUCCUCGAAACUCCCACUGCAACCAUAAUACGACCACCAAUUAUUGCGUUUUCAUAUCCAACAUUUGUCUAUAUCCAUCGAUACAAACCAAUAUCCAAAUUCUUCCAUAUUCUGGCUUCUCGCGAAAUCGAAUAGACUUCGACGGUGACUGCUAUUGCUUAUGGCUUCUUCUUCGGUGAUCACUCCCGAAGAUGUGUUAGAGUCGCUGAUGAACGACGGAACAAUUGAUGCUCUUAGGUUGAAGAUCAUCAAUCAGCUCAAAGCCAAUGAGGAACUCAAGAGUACUACUAUAAAGAUGGCUGAACAGAGUAAGGUUCUGAACACCCCUGGUGCUGAGAAACAGACCAAAAGAGAGCUAUUUGAUGCGCUUCGCCAAGAGCUUGAAGCUUCUGUUCUUGAGAAAGCAUCAAAAUCAGUUUGGGAUUUAAUUUUAGACAACAAUGGCCUGGGAAAGGAGAUAAGUGAGACUGUUGAAAGAGUGUUUUGCCGAUUGAGUGGCCAGGAACCUCCUUUAUUUCCACUUCUAAAUGGAGAACCACAACCCGAUAAGGAGGCUGACAGCAGAAAAGAAAAAGGUAAAGGAAAGCUGAAAGAAAAUGAAAAUACAAGUUUGAUCACUCCAUCAAAGAAGAGAAGCUUCAGUGAAACAAAUUUGGACGGUGCAGAUGAAACUGCCACCAGGUCUUCUGAUCCCGCCACCAGGUCCUCUGAUCCUGCAGCAAUAUCAGAAGGUUCUGGCAAAUCACCUUUAUCGAUUUCAAAGACUUGACCAGGGAGUUCAACAAGUUUCUGUAAGGGAAGUGAUCACAUCUGGUAAAUAUACUGUAGAACUUGUAGGACUUCACUAGAGUUCAGAAGAAUCGUUCCAGCCAUCAAAGCUGUGUAUUAUGCCUCAGACACCUUGUAUGCCUUUCAUAUAAUUGAAGAGUUUGAAUGAUGAAACUUUACCAAAGUGUCGAUCCCCCAAUUUUUCAUUGUUGAAUUUGCGAAGGCUAGGAGGUGUGAGGAUUAUGAACUUAAUGUCAUGGUUCAUGCUAGGGGAAAUAUUAGCAACACUUUUUUGAACAUAAUUAUUGUUUGGGCAAAAUCUAGAGUGUAGGUGGUGCACAAUAGAUUGCAAAAAAGUUACAAUUUUAUUUUAAUCUUUAAAUUUUCUCUUAUUUCUCGUAUUCCUUAAAACUGAUGUCUCUUUAAUUGCAUUGAUGACAAUCUUUGGUUUGCUUCAUGGUAAAUAUGCUUCCGGGUGAAUAGAAAAAUCUGCACAUCUACUUGAUGAGUAGGAAAGAUGUGAACUAAAAAACAUCCAUCCUUGAUUAGCUGGAUAGCGACUAGAGUUGAAUUCUACUACAACUUAUUCUAAAACCUCUUUGCCAUGCUAUCUGAAGACCAAGCAUAGAGGUAAGCUUU